AUGAAUUGGGUGUUGCUGUUGGUGUUCUUAUGUAGAAAUAGAUCUAGUAUUGAAUUUGAGGAACUCUUUGAAGAUUAUAAGUCCUUGUAUUCAGUUCAUGAGGAGGGGUCAAGUAGUGAUGCUCAUACUGUUGCUUAUCCAGUUAGUGUGCAAUCUGUUGGUCUGUUUGCUAGAAUUCAAUCAAGGAGGAAACAACAUUGGGACACCCCAAGUUGUGUUGAAGAGGCAAGAACAACUGAGCUCGACAGGUAUUUGACAGAUGUGAUUGAAGGUGGAAUGCGUGAAAUAGGUCAACCUGACCAUUUUGACAUAUUGGCUUGGUGGCAGGCUAAUGCAAGCAGGUAUAAGAUACUUUCAUACAUGGCAAGAGAUAUAUUAGCCAUGCCUGUGUCUUCAGUGGCCUCUGAAUCAGCUUUUAGCACCGGGAAGCGCGUGCUGACUCCAUGGAGAGCUUCUAUGUCUACAAGGACAGUCGAAGCAUUGCUCUGUACACAAAGCUUUCUUCAAAAGCCCAUUGCUCUUGAUCUUCUAUGUGACUAUAUACCUGAUGAUGCUGUUGAAGAUGAGGCAGCCAUAUGGGAUUCUCUGCUAAAAGAAGCUUGAUGUAAACUCCGUGUCAGUGACUCAGUGCAGCCAGUGCCAAUUGUUCGAGAAGUCCCCCAUCCUUUGCAAGGAUUUCUUUUCAUUUCUUGUCGCAGACUUAUGGAAAUGUUGUUUUUAGUACUAUGUUUUAAUGUUGAACUUUGAACUUAAAGUGUGAUACACUUAUUAUUCUGUGAUGUUUUAAACCUUUGUUAUUUUGAACUUUGUAAUGUUGAACUUAGUCUUAGACUCUUAGUCUUAGGUUGUUA